AUGGCUCGCCGUUCCGCGCGCUUGGCCAGCCUCACCAAGGUGCCCAAGCAAUCUAGCGAGGCACCUCCUUUAUCUUCUGUCGCCGAGCAUAACGAGAUUACCACAGACGUCGCGCCCGAAAUUGCCCGCGAUGCCGCUGAUUCCGUCGCCUCGGCUCCCGUCCGGGAACCAAAGACUCCCGGGGGUUCGUCACCUAUCAAACCUCCCAUGUCGGAAAUGCAUCCCAGCAAAGUACACCCGACAAUGGGGCCUCCAUCAUCCGGCCUUCGGCUUGGCUUCACGGACAUCAGGCCCACCGCCAACCAAGACGUCAUCCUUCCUGCCGCAGCCCAGAGCACUCCGUCUCGAGUUAAAGUCCCCUCGUCGCCCUUCACUUUCCGCGUUACGCGCCCGACAACCAACGCCGAUCUGGGACUGACCCCCGACGCCCAACGGAUGAUGGACGAAAUCAGGGAGCAGGCUGCCAAGAUUAGGGAAGAGUUGAGGACUAAGCGCGAAACUGAGACUCUGGAAGAGGAUGUCAGCGGCCGGAAAAUGGCACAACCUAAGGGCAAGGCCGGACGGUUCAGCGCUGCCCACAUGGCCCAGUUCAAGAAGAUGGACUCGAUCGAAAACCACCCGUCAGCCUUCAGGUGCCAGCCUGGCCGCGUAACCCCGCUCAAGGCAGGCAUCAAGCGGAGCCAGUCGAAGGCGAAUCUCGACGACCCAGAGUCAGCGCGCCCCAAGCAACCCACGCCGGCGUCCAGCACUGCCAAAACAAAACCAUGUGCCGCGGCGGAAGAGCCAGUAACGACUGCCAAGCGGCCACGACAGAACAUUGAGGACGACGCCUCUAGCAAACGCCCUGUCUCGCGUGACCGGAGCUCAAUCCCGGUGCCCAAGUCGGCCGGCCUAAAUAUUGCUCAGACCCAGUCUGACCUUGAAUCUCUGAUGACUCCGACCAAGUCGUCGUUGGCCAGGGCAUCCAGCGUGAAGACACCCUCCAAGCUCUCGCUGGUUCGCUCGCCCUCGAAGGUUACCAUUAGCGGAAUCCCUCGGUCUGCCACAACGAACAACCGCCCGACCACCUGCUUGCUUGGUCCGGCGGAAGAUGCGAAGCUCAAGACCCCUCGGAGCCGCUUUGAUAGAGUCAAGGCAAUGCUCCGUGGUGCCAAGGCAAGUGCGUCCAGAAACAAGAGCGCUCUCCCCUUGCCUUCGGCUUUUGCUUCAAAAACGCCGGCUCCUCCCCGCCCGCACAAGGAGCUUGUUGCCGCUCCUAUGACCACGCCUGGCCGCAAGCUUACCAAGCGCGUCGCCUUCACUCCAGACACGCAGCGUGCGGCGCUGACACAAAACUCGCCGUCUCCCGUCAAAUCUAAUAUUCCUCAGGUCAAGAGGCAAGCCCUGGAUGAAAUUCACUAUCCUUCUCUUGAAGGCGCGAUGGCAGAGAGUGCCGAAGUCGGCGUGUUUUACCCAGACCUUUCGACCCGGCGUCCCCUCCCGGAGCCUCCAGUGAAGGCAUUCAAGGCUGGAUCGGUUGAGCCGUCGGUUCCCGGCGAGUUCACCUUCCGCAGCGACCACACAAUCAGUUUCGACGGUGCCACCAUAUCAUUCGGCUCCUCGCCAGGCCAAGCCAGCGUCCGCACCGUGCGCCCUUCGAUUCUUCCCAGCGAAAACAUGCCCGGCAGCUUCCCACGCUCGGUUUCCACCACAGGGGUCAACAAGGAGAACGAGGCGCCGCGGAGCGUCUUCCUCGCUCUUCCCCACGGCAUGUCCACCAAGAAGCGCAACCGCGUCAGCACCGAUGAGGAGGACGCCGAACUGGAGGCGGCCGAACGCGCGGCCAAGAAGCAACGGCAGGAGAAGGUGCCCGAGGGCGACGCCCUGCUCGCGCCGCGACUGGUGGGCGCCGCCAGUGCCAAGCGUACCCUGGCCAGUCCUCGGAAGCUGCCUAUCCCCGGCCAGUCGGCGCCCGGUACGCCGAGCCCUGUCAAGCGGAAGGGAAUUAGCCUCAGUCGCCUUAAUAUGCUUGCGCGUCCGAAGAUGCGGAAGUAG